UUUCUAUACUUAUCAAAAGUGGAAUUUUGUAAUUUUUUAAGAAAAAUUUUUUAAAUUUUACUUUUUAUUUAAUGACAAAAAUAAAAAAAUUUAAAUUCCACUUAUUUUAACACCGUAUUCAGUAUCUUGGACUUAAAUUAUUUUAAAAUUUCGUAAGAAAAACCUGACCCUGCCAGACAAAAAAAAAUAAGAAAAUGUAUUUACAAAUAAAAGGAUAUUAAAUGAAAAUACAAUAAAAUAAAAUUAAUAUUAUUAAGUUUAUUUGUACUAUAUUUUUGUUAGUUAAUUAUUAAGUUAAUAAUAAGCUAACAAAAUAGUACAAAAAUUUAUAAGUUAAAAUUUGUUUAAUAUUUUUUGUUUUAACAAGUACUAAAAUACAACGGUGUACACAUUUUUACAGUCUGGCUAUUACUAAAAGUAUGCCUUGUUUUUAAUGUCAAAGCCGCCGUUAAAAUAAAAACAUUAUAGACGAAAUUUUGUCACUAUUCCUUAAUUAAAUGACACAAUUUAAAAUAAUAUUUUAAAAUAUGAAUUUAAACGGAGAAGACUUGAAUACUUCUGAUGCUUGGUUAUCAGAUCAACUAUUUGCGCAGUUAAAAGAUCUGAAUUCUGAAUAUAAAGACAAAAAUACUCCAACUGACUUUUUGUUGAGUGAAACUUUUCAGAAUUGUAGUAGUAGCAUGCCAUUAUUAGAUGGUUAUGAUGAUAUUCCAUUGCAGGAAUUAAAAUCAACGCCACUGGAUACGUUUGAAUCAGAGCUGAAUGUGAAUAGUUUUUCCAAUUCUUACGAUAUAAAUGAAGAAGUUUUGGAUUUAAGUCAAAUGCCUUUAAAAGUCCCGGGCAUAGAUGUAACACAACCAGAAAUGAACAUAAUUGAUAUUGUGGAAAAUAUUCCUUUAGUAACAGGCCCUGCUGUUGGUAAUGUAGAAACAUUUGUGAAUGAUGUUACUAAAAAUGUGCCAUUUGAUGCCAACGAAGAGGUAAUAAAAAUUUUGAAAUUUUUGGAAACACAACCAAAUGAAGAAGUAAUAGAGGUUACUAAUCCCCCGCCAUUACUAUUGCCAUCGAUGGCUACAAAGAAAGUAGUUAAAUGUGCUAACUGCAAUGGUAUAUUUAACAUGGAUGAAUUCCAAUCACACAUUUGUGAUUAUGAUGAAGAUCAUAAUUUAAUAACAUCAAAAAUAACAAAUGUUUCCAACACCUUCAAGUCUGUAAAGGAAGAACCCAUAUUGCCAACAGAACCUGCUUGUAUACGUUUACUAAAAGAAAAUCAAAUACGCAUACGACGCUUUCUUAAGGACGAAUUAAAAUAUGAUGUCAAUAGCUGUUUAAAUGCAUCUACCCCUUCUUCUAAUGCUUCUGGCGCCAACCCAUCUAAUUCAUCUUAUUCAUCAAAUGUUUCCAUAAACAGUAAUAAGAAACAAGAUGGCCCUCAUGAAUGUACCUUGUGUGAAAGGAAAUUUGUUCAUGCUUCCGGUUUAUUACGUCAUAUGGAAAAACAUGCUUUAGAUUUAAUACCCACUACCAACACUGCAACCAACAAUAAAAAUGUCUCUACACAAGGAGCACAGGGUGUAAACGGUUUACGAGUAGUCAUUAAAUGCACUUUGUGUGGUCGCAUUUUCUUUGAAUCAAAUGAAGCUUUAAAACAUUUGUAUUCACAUUUUCCCGAUUCCAUAGCUGAUGAAAAGGAAAUGGAUAAUUGUUCUGAAAUACCUUACGAUGCAUAUAUUGAUGAUGCCUUGAAUAAUUUAAGAUUUGAGGUUCAAGAAAUAUCUUUUUAUAAUUCUUCCAUUUCUAACUAUCAAGAGGACAAAACACCCCUUUAUCUUAAAAUUGUUAUUUUAAGUUGUAUUUUACAAUGCGAAUUUUGUGAUCUAGUAUUCUCCGAAGUAUCCUAUUUAUUUGUGCACUCUGCAUGUCAUUUACCAUUUAGAAGAUUUGAAUGUUUUGCAUGCGAUAUCCAUGUUAAAACAUCGAAAGAAAUCUGUACUCACUGGCAAGCAGAAUGUGUUUUCAUGCGUGAAAACUUAAAGGUUCAUCGUGCCACUACUCAACGUUAUUUUGUCUGUAAUGUGUGUGAGAAUAAAUUUCAGUCCAUGGAUUUGCUACAUGAACAUCGUUAUACAUCUUAUCAUUUCUUUCCCCGUUUGAACAAAACUACUGGUACAUUGCAAUUGCCCUGUGAAUAUUGUGAAAGUAUUUUUGAAAAUGCCCAAGAAUGUGUAAACCACUAUGAAGAGAAACAUUAUAGGAAAUACAAACGUGAUAAGGAUGGUACUAGUGGAUCUAGUAAGACCCGACAAUAUUUGUGUGAUAUAUGUGGUAAAUCUUAUACCCAAUCCAGCCAUUUAUGGCAACAUUUGAGAUUUCAUCAAGGUGUAAAACCAUUUGCAUGUAAAGAACCGGGAUGUACUCGAAAAUUUACUAUACGUCCCGACUUAAAUGAUCACAUACGUAAGUGUCAUACCGGUGAAAGACCUUAUCAUUGUCUUGUAUGUGGUAAGCGUUUCCUUACGGGCUCGGUUUUUUAUCAACAUCGUCUUAUACACCGUGGCGAAAGACGUUAUGAGUGUGAAGCUUGUGGUAAACGUUUUUAUCGUGCUGACGCCUUAAAAAAUCAUCAACGUAUUCAUACGGGAGAAAAACCAUUUGGUUGUCAUUUUUGCACCAAAAACUUUAGACAACGUGGUGAUCGUGACAAGCAUAUACGAGCACGACACUCUCACCUAGAUGCCAAUGCUCGUCUAAUGAUGCAAAUGCAUAAGUUACAGUUAGAAGCGGCAGCCGCUCAGGACCAUGAUGCGCAAAAACUGGAAAUUGCAAGUAAUUCUCAGGAUUAUAUGACAGUCAGCCAUGAAAAUGUAACGACUCCCCUAGAGUAUGAUCCUACAAAUUUUUCCUAUGUUAGGAAUAACAAUAAUUUAAAUGAUAUUUUAAUGAUGGGUAAUGUAGAGUUUUCCAAAAAUGUUUUAGAGUCGAUAAUAUCCGACAUUAUGGAUUAAAAAUAUUUCUUAUUUAUUGAAAAAUUUCCUAUUUUCUGUAACAAUAGUUACAAUU